UUGUAUCGACACACCGAGCGCUUCCUGCCUGUCAAAAAAUCUUUAUAAAACAAAAAGGCUGCUGCUUGUGUUGUCAGUCUGUCAAGGCCGUCCAGUGAGUAUGUUUCAGGUGGAUGAGAACUACACACGGGUGUCAGAGUUUGUUAUUGUUGGCUUCUUAAAUCUCCAGCCGAAGUAUUUUGACCUGGUAGCGUGGAACUUCUUCUUCCUCUAUGUGACCACAGUGGUGGGCAACCUUCUGCUGGUGGUGUUGUUUGCUUUGAAGCACAGCCUCCAGAAGCCCAUGUACAUCAUCAUGGUCAGCCUGGCCCUCUCAGACAUUGGCUUUACCACCGUAGCUUUACCUAAACUAAUCGCUCGCUACUGGUGGAAUGACGGGAGUCUUGGCUUUCACACUUGCCUCUUUCAAAAGCACAUGAUCCACUAUUUUGGCUCCUUGAACUCCCUGAUUUUAAUGACUAUGGCCCUGGACAGAUAUCUGGCCGUCUGUUUUCCUCUCAGAUACCCGAUGUGGAUGACAAACACAACCAUGACAGGCCUCACGCUCCUCUGCUGGGUGGUCUCACACAUAUUUUCUGGCAUUAGCACUGUCAACUUCACUAUGAUGUCAUUUUGUGGGCCCAACCAAAUCAUACAAGCCUUCUGCGACACCAUCUCUCUUACCGCUCUAGUGUGCGGGGACACCACGGAAAAAUUCAACACCGCCUUUGCUGUAGCAAUGUUUGUUCUUAAUGGUCCUUUAGCCUUCAUCAUCUUCUCCUAUAUUUGCAUCGUCGUCUCAGUGCUGCGCAUGUCCGGUGGACAGGGCAGAAUGAAGACAUUCUCUACCUGUGCCACCCAGGGCUGCAUCAUUUCUAUCUACUACAUACCGCGUUUCUUUGUCUACUCUGCACGUUUCUUUCCUAACCUGACGAUGACCCCUGACAAGCGCAUAGUCACCACCCUCUUCUACAGUUUUUUCCCUCCACUGAUCAACCCGUUUAUCUACUGUCUGAGAACCAGGGAGAUCAAGCAAAUAUUGACACGCUGGGUGAGGAGACGAAUGCGCGUUACGCCUUCGAAAUGUGUCCAAACUGUCACUGUCACCAAAUAA